CUUGGAAGUAUUUUUACUAUGGAUUUUUAUUUCGGGAUAUAAUUUAUUCUGUAGUGAAGCGAGGGCAAGUUAUCUAGUUUUAGUUAAUGCUGCCGUCGGAAAAAACUCCAGUUAACCGCAUAAAAUUUUAGCAAUGCAACGCAAUUGCACAAAUGUGGUUCCAUCUUAAAAUCAGAAACAUGCUGCUCGCCACCAAACUGCGCUUGUCAUCUUUUCCUCCUCAUUUUUACUACACCAAGCUUCGUUUCUCCUCUUCCUCUUCCUCUUCCUCUUCUUCUUCUUCUUCUUUGCAAUUCUCUUCGUGGUCUGGUCUCCAAAGCUGGAGGGAGAGCCCACUAAACGAGGACCGGUUUUGGGGACCCAAUGGUCCUCAACCUCUGUUACAUUCCCAACACUCUUCCUCAGACAUUGACCCCAUCACGCCGGCCCGGCUGGAGGCUUCUGGUUCCUCUCUUGCAGAGCUUGGUGCUCUGGUUCUCUCUACCAGUGACCCUCUUACCAAAUCCAAGCUCUCUCAUUUGGCUUUCUCCAGAUGGCGCAAUGAGAAUCUGCCUAUUGGGCUCUGCCAGCCUCCUUCUCAACCUGCUCGCCCUCCUAACCCUCAAUUGGUGUCUCCUAAGGAGAUUCCGGUGCCCAAAAACUCUGGCCUGCCUCUUAAUGCUUACUUGCUUCAUAACCUUGCUCAUGUGGAGCUAAAUGCAAUUGAUUUGGCAUGGGAUACUGUUGUACGAUUUUCGCCCUUCUAUAAGAUUCUUGGGGAUGAAUUCUUUGCUGACUUCGCUCAUGUUGCUGAUGACGAGAGCCGUCAUUUUGCAUGGUGUUUACAAAGACUUACUGAGAUUGGUUUCAAUUAUGGAGAUAUGCCUGCUCAUAACUUACUUUGGAGAGAGUGUGAGAAAUCAUCAGAUAAUGUUGCUGCACGUGUGGCUGCCAUCCCAUUAGUACAGGAGGCUAGAGGUCUUGAUGCUGGGCCACGCUUGGUUCAAAAAAUGGUUGGCUUUGGGGAUCACAGGACAUCUAGCAUUGUAGCUAGGAUUGCUGAAGAGGAAAUUGCACACGUGGCUGUUGGUGUAUACUGGUUUAUCUCCAUCUGUCAUAAAAUGAAUCGUGCCCCAUGCUCCGCAUUUAAAGAGUUAUUGCUAGAGUAUAAUUUGGAGUUGAAAGGACCUUUUAAUUAUUCAGCUCGAGAUGAAGCUGGUAUUCCACGAGAAUGGUAUGACUCAUCAUCAACAAAUAAACAAGAGCCGGAAGAGAAUCAGAAUAAUCGUCAGCAGCUUUCUGUGGUUUAUGAUAGGCUUGCGUGUAUUAUCUCCAUGGAGAGUGAGCAUUCAAGUUUAAGAAGACCAUCUGAAUGAACUUUUAUUUGAGUACUCACUGCAAUAUCAUGAGUACAUUUCUCUAUGUUAAAGCAAUGGUAAGAAGCUGUCCAUGUAACCUGACCAAGAUGAGAAGGAAAUUUUUCUUACUGAAUUGGUUGUUUGGUUCUGCACAAUAUCUAAAGGUGACAUGCCUAAGAGGUCGGUCGUUUGUCUGACUUAGGAUUAGACACAAAAUCUAAACUACUUUGUACAUCGCUGUGAAAGCUGUAGCAAACUGAGUGCUUCUCUCCUGCUUUGUGUCCUUCUAAUUGUCCCUUUGUAUAUCCAUGGUUGAAUAAUUUUUAAAAAAAAUGAAAAUCUUCUUGCUGAUAUUGUUUCUGAAGAAUUUGGUGCCUGAAUUGAUCAGCUUAUUUUAGCUGUGCGGCGAUCUCUCUAG